CCUCUUCACUGCAUCAGCAUGUGUCUACUCUGGCUCAUGAUCCUGCUCUCUGUGGAGUGUGCUGUUGAAUAUACAGAUGGCCAAGUAAUUGGAUCAUGGCGUCCAACGACAAAUUAUGCAUCCAUUCGGCUUGUUCAAUGCCCCAGAACGAGAGGACAGUUAUGGUCCUGUGUGCCAGUGACCUUCUGUGGCUCUCUGGAGACAAGGUCCAGCAGACAUUACUGUUAUUGGGACUUCACAGAACCAUUUGUCUGCUGUCCUCAGCAGGUUUUGUCACAACCUCUCAUACGAAAGAGAUGUGGACUGCUGUAUACUGCUGAUAGAGAGGGACCUUAUAUUCUGCGUGAUCAGAUAUUAGGGGCUGCUGUUGGUGGAAUCCCACUCCGAACGGCCACCAGUUCCCCUUGGAUGGUGGCAGUUGGUGAGCAGCAGGAGGAUGGUUCAUUAGAUUGGUACUGUGGUGGGGCUCUCCUCGAGGCGGACGUAGUUCUGACAGCAGCUCACUGUUGCACUCGCAGGUCUCCAGAUGUUGUACGAGUAGGAGAACUGGAUUUUUCUAUACCAGAUGAAGAUGAUGCCAGACCAGAGGAUGUAACAGUGGAUAAAAUACACAUCCAUCCCAACUAUAAGCCUCCAAAAUAUUACAAUGACAUUGCAAUACUAAAGUUAUCUCGGCAUGUAGAGUAUAAUCGUUAUGUAAGACCAAUCUGUUUGCCUGAGCCAGACUGGAGGAAGACUUUUGCUGGAACACCUGCUGUCCUCACAGGUUGGGGCUAUCUGUCUUUUGGAGGGGAAAGGAAUCCUGUGUUGCAGGAAGUUAGUGUGACAGUUUUCAACAACACUGACUGUAUGAGAGCAUACUCCAGCCCUCUCGUCCCCCGACGUAAUUACCCUGAAGGUAUUAUUAGUUCUCAACUCUGCGCAGGUGAUCCAAAUGGGGGCAAGGAUGCAUGUCAGGGUGACUCAGGAGGACCACUUGUGGUUCGGGAAGGUGAUGUCCACAUCUUGGUGGGCAUUGUGUCUUCAGGUAUUGGUUGUGGCAACAAAGCUUUCCCUGGAGUCUAUUCAAGAGUGUCAUCAUAUGUAGACUGGAUAAACAGUCACCUGAGAUAACUGUGUGUGCUGUCAGUAAAUGGACUAAAUGGUUUCAAAUAGGAUAUUAGAUGAAUGAUAAACUGGAAAGGAUCUGGAAGGAAGCAGUCAUGGCUUAGUAGAGGUACUGUCCAUUCAUGUGCCAGGUAGGAGUGAAUGAAACCAUGAAAUAUCAGAGUAAUUUAUUCCCUAGCUGGGACUUGAACCAAGCACCUCAGUAAUUCAAGUCAAGAGCGUGUUUGCUAUGCCAAUCCAUUUAGUCUAUGUUAAGUUUUAUGACUAAUCUACCAGCCACAGACUACCUGUACAUCAUGCUUCUGUCAUUUUGGGAUAAUGGAAUGUACCCACUGGACACCCCAUCUAAUGUAAUGACUCUGCAGUGGGCUUGUGAAAAUAGGCAAAUUGCCCCCAGAAUUAAGCAGUAAAAUUUCACCCUUCUUCACUGAUGCUGAGAAUUAUACCACCAGUAGCAGAGCUUGUAGGUUUUAUCUGCAUACCAUAUGCCCAAAUGGACUAGCACAUAAUCACAGGAGUAACUUGACCCACAUGGGUUCAUUUAUUAGAGAUGAAUGCAUAUGUAAUAAAGUUAAAAACUGUCUAAAACGAAACUGGAAUUAAAUGGAAAUGCUUUUAUCAGAGAACUUUUGCAUUCCAAAGGACAGAGGAGAUUAAUGUAAAUGAAUCCACUAAACAGAUAUGGAGCACAAAAUGGACCUAAGAACAAAAAGAAAAUGUAAAAUGGUGUCCUUGAAUAUGUAUUAUGAGAUCUGAAAUUCUCACUACAACAAACAUUGUGACAUGUCCAUGCAUUUCCAGGCAGCGUCUUCAUAUACACCCCGCAACAGUCAGCUCGCCAAUGGACUGGCAAGAUGGCUAUCACGUGACUUGUUUUCUGUGUUGUCUGUGCUACACAACAAUAGGACUGUGUUUUCUGUGCGUGGUCUGUGCUGAGAGGAUAUGAGAUAAUAUGGGAUUGGGAAUUGAUGUAACUUGAUUUCCAGAGUUCUAAGAGAGCAGUAGUAUGGCCAGAAGAAGAAUUAGAAGACUUAGUGUGCGACAUUACAUGUGCUAUAGUUACAGUAAUC